GGAGCCAUUCAGCAGAGUCCGUGUCGCAGCGGCGGACAGACGCAAGAAGCGGAGCCGCACAGCGUGAACGGCGCGCACACGGCACAUGCACGCUGCCGAUCCACGGACCCCACUCUGAGACACGCAGGAACAGGUCCGCAUGUGAUUCAUUGAGAAACGACACGGACAGAGCGCAUGAAUGGACCGAGAGGAGCGCCGAUCGGCCUCAGCGCACAACGCUCAACUUCAAUUUUUUUGAUUUUAUUUAUUAUUAUUUUUUUACAUUAUUAUUAUUUUUACUAUCCAGAUCUCAGUAACCCGCUGAGGAGCUGAUUAUUCGCUUGUCAGAUUUGUGCGAUCCGCACUUCUUCUUGCUGAUUUUUUUCCUCUCCUGCUUCUCGAUGCUUGACAAGCUCAAGCCCGUCGUCCACUUCGACUCGGUUAUGGCGAUCAGUAAGACGGUGGGCUGGCUGCGGGAACAGCUGCAGGCGCGGAAGGACGGGCUGCUGGUCAUGGACUGCCGGGCCCAGGAGCUCUACGAGUCCUCGCACGUCGAGACGGCCAUCAACGUGGCCAUACCGAGCCUGAUGCUCCGCCGCCUGAGGAAGGGCAACUUGCCGGUCCGCUCGCUGCUGUCCGACGGCGAGGACCGCGAGAGGUUCGUGCGCCGCUGCAAGACCGACACGAUCGUCCUGUACGACGAGUACAGCCGCGAGUGGAACGAGAACGUGGACGGAGGGUCCGUGCUGGGUUUGCUGCUGAGGAAGAUGAAGGAUGAAGGCUACAAGGCCUUUUAUCUGGAAGGUGGAUUUAGCAAAUUCCAAGCUGAAUACCCGACGCUGUGUGAAACCAACUUGGACGGCUCCUCCACCAGCAGCUCCCCCACCGCUCAGGUGCUCGGCCUGGGUGGGCUGCGGAUCAGCUCUGACUCCUCAGACAUCGAGUCGGAUAUAGACCCCAGUAGUGCCACAGAGUCGGACGGAAGCCCGCUGUCCAACCCCCAGCCGUCCUUCCCCGUGGAGAUCCUGCCUCACCUCUACCUGGGCUGCGCCAAGGACUCCACCAACCUGGACGUCCUGGAGGAGUACGGCAUCAAAUACAUUCUGAAUGUGACUCCCAACCUUCCCAACCUAUUUGAAAACGCAGGGGAGUUUAAGUACAAGCAGAUCCCCAUCUCGGAUCACUGGAGCCAGAAUCUGUCGCAGUUCUUCCCGGAGGCCAUCACCUUUAUUGAUGAAGCUCGAGGCCAGAAGUGCGGCGUUCUGGUGCACUGCUUGGCAGGCAUCAGCCGCUCUGUGACAGUGACCGUGGCCUACCUGAUGCAGAAGCUCAACCUGUCCAUGAACGACGCUUACGACAUUGUCAAGAUGAAAAAGUCCAACAUCUCCCCCAACUUUAACUUCAUGGGCCAGCUCUUGGACUUUGAGCGCACCCUGGGCCUCAAGAGUCCAUGCGACAACCGCAUGGCGGCACCCAGCCAACAGCUCUACUUCACCACGCCGACCAACCACAACGUCUUCCAACUGGACCCUCUAGAGUCGACGUGAGGACGAUGCCCCCUCCCUCUCUUUGAUGGAGGUGUUUAGGCCUCUUAAUGGAAAAAAAUCUGCAAAAAAAGUUCCUCUUUUUCCCGUCGGCUGUCAUUUGAUGGCGUUUUCGCAGUUAUUGAUGCAGCUGGUUUGAGGCAACAGCUGCCAAACGCUGCUUGUGGAGGGCCAAUGUUGGCUGGCGAACACCACGGUGCAGCUGCCACACACAAAAUGAGGAGAGAAUAAAAAGGGACAAGUUGUUUGAACAGUGCAGAUACUUUCUACAAUCCAUUGAUGGACUCGUGGUCUUUUCUAUUUGUUGUUGUGUCUGAGGAAUAUGAUUUGUUGGACAUCUACGUGCUAUGUUUCAAAGGUCCCAGGCUGGUGUGCCAAAGAGACGUGAUUGUUCAACCUGGACAAAUCAGUUUUUAAUGUUUGUUUUUUGAGGAUUUUUGAAUCUAGUGCCGGUUACCUUAAGACUUUGGGGUGUGUUGUCUCCAUCGUCUUCUGUGAAGACUUGCCUGUGUGGGUUUACAAUGGCCCAGAUUUAGAUGGCCCACUUUAGUGAACUCGAUUUUACACUUGUGGAGUCUUUUAAAUACCUUUCUACAUUGUGUGUAUAUAUCUUAAUAUAAAAGACAAUACAGUAAAGCUACAGUAAAGCCUUUCUCUACCCUUUGCAAUAAAAUCAAAUCUUUGUUUUUUUUUCAUAUUCUAUACUUUUAUGGAAGGAAAAGUGAACUGAAUUACUGUUUUAUGUUUGGAGUUGAUCAUGCCAAAAAUUAAGCCGGCUUUCUGAGAAUUGUGCAAAAAUCUGUACACAUGUAAUAUAUUUGAUAAUUGCUUUAUGUGUGAAAUCAGCCGGAGGGCCUUGUUUUACACCCGCCCUCUCACCAGUCAGUCACCUUGGUUGUUUGCCUUACUUUGCGCUCAGAAGGUUUUAAGGUACAUUAGCCUCCAGAGGAAUCCAUCAUCAAACAAAGCAAAACAGCCAAACCUGGAUCAGUUUUUAGAAGUGCUGAAAAAGUUUUUAAUUUGCUUGUAUGUGAUCUCUUAUUUUUAUUUAAAGCUACAGUGCGCAAGAUGUGGGGCUGUUUAUUAACAGAAAUGGAGGAUAACAUUCAUAACCAUCUGUUCUUUAGUGUAGAAUUACUUGCUACAGUAAAUCAGUGUGGUCUUUCACAUUUUACAAUGCAACCAGAAGACCGAAGGAAAAAAAAGAAGAGAAAUGAGUAUUUGCACCCCUGUACACUGUUUGCUGGUUGCUAUUGUAGGCUAACAAAAUUUGACAAACCAAAUUUUUGUGUAAUGCAGGAUCAUACAUAUUGUUUAUCACAAAAGAAGGCAAAUGAGCACGAAUCCCCAUCACCAAAGAAGCAAAAAACAUGAAAGCAAAUAAAAUCAUGACCAAUAAUGCAAUCUUCAACCUUACCACUAGAUAGCAGUAAAUCCUACACACUGUAGCUUUAAAGAGACACUCCCUCUUAAUCAUUCAAAUGUAAAAGUUGUAGUUUUUGGGUUUGCAAUGUUGCUUUUGUUUUCAAGUAGUGCACAACCACAUUGAUUGUUGCGAAACAAGAAAAAGAUGAUGAUUUGGGGACGCUGUUCUGCUUUUGAAGACACGCGGAACAGGAUGUGUGAGUCAGAGAGGUUGGCUUUGUGUUUUCUUGUCAGGGUCUCUGAAGGCUAAUGUGAGUAUAGGUAAUUGUGCAAGGCUGAAACGUCUCUGACAAAGCAGGACGCCUUGCUAAUGUCUUCAGGGAAAAUUUUGCAAAAUGCUUUUUUUUUUUUGGGUCAAUUUGAAAAAAAAAAUCCACAAGUUGUGAGGGUUGUGUUGCUCUUUCCACAGAGGAAGCCAUCUGGGUGACCUCUGCCACCCCCACAUCCCUUACGAAUGUAAAGAAAAGAUAAAUUAUUAAUAAAUUGUUAUUUUGUCUAUA